CCUCUCUUUCCUCUAUAUAUAUACCCUACCAUGAAUCUCAGCCGUACGCCACCUAUCCCAAAAUCUCAGCCUUGAACUUUCACAUAACGCGCAAGUCAAACCUCCUCUUCUGCGCCUGCGCCUCAAGAUCUGUCCCCUUCUUUUGUAAGAUUCCAGCUGCAGUAUUUGGAUAUAGCACUGCCAAACAUUGGCUCUUGGCAAGGGAGGCUUGACUUCUUUAACAUUGAUUUGAUUAAAUUGUUACAAGAUGCAUUUCUUUGGUCUUCAUCAUACCAAAAUGCAGAAUUUUUUCAGUCAUUUAAAUGGAUGCAAAAAAGUUCAUACAAUUGGUCGAGGAGAAAAAAAGGAGAGCUUUGGAGAAGAACGAAGCUCGCCUGAAGUGGGAAGAGAAGCUAGAGGCUGCAGCUAAGGCACGGGCAGACGCCGAAGCUAAAGAGAAGAAGUCAAAGUCGACCACUGCCAAAAACAAGAGGAGAUCUGAUUCAGAGUUUGAUGACAGUGACAGUGAAAGUGAUUAUGAUAGAAAAGUCAUCAAGAAGUCUCACUCUCACAAGAGGCACAGGAAGCAUCACCACAAGAGUCAUAGACGCUCACAUUCUGGUAGUGACGGAUACAGUAGUAGUGAUGAUUCAGAGGAAAAUAAUAGGAGGAAGAAACGGGCUCACAAGAAGCACAAGCAUGAUGGAGACUCUUCAGAUGAUGAUAGUGAUGACACUGGAAGGAGGCACCACAAAAAGCAUCACAAGCGGUCUCAUUCUGGCACUUCAGAGCCUUCAAGUGAUGAUGAAAAUGAAGAUGAGUAUAAAAGAAGUGAGAGGCAUAAAAGGAACCGCCACAGGCAUCACCACCAUCACCAUCACAGCCACAAAAGACUUGAGCAGCUGGAGUUGGCGGGAGUGGGUGCUUAGGAGAAGAUGUCUGUCUCAUUGACAUGUCUUCUGGAUGUACUCUGCGCUUUAUUCAUUGAAAACAAAUGAAACGUGUGAUUUUAAUUUGGCCACUCAAAUUCACCAUCUUCUCUUCUUAUUAAGACGCAUAAGAGCAAUGUGGUUAAGAAAAUGCCAAAAUUAUUCAAAAAGAUGUUAAAAUUAUUCACAUUCAACUUCGUCUACCUAUAGCCUUCGAACCUACUUGUCACCUUUUCUCUUCAAAAAUUAGGAAUGUUUUUGGGGCUGGAGGCCUGGAGCUACUUGUACUCUUGUAACAUUUUCUCUUCAAAAUGGGGGUAUU